GAACUUAAUCUUUAUCUUUCUAAGGCUAAUUUCAUAGCAAACCUUUUAUUUAGCCUAUCCCGAAUACGCUUAAAUAAAUGAUAUUUUUGCUAUAUAAAAUAUAUAAAUUUGCUUUGAAAUGGCACACUAUCCGCUCAAACUAUAUUGAAUUUACUUCAGAUGUUCUACUAGUCCAGAUACCCGCAGUCUUCGCAUUUGACGAUUUGGACCAACUGUUCAAGUGAGCAUGAACACCACAAGUGUUUGUAGAACUUUCCAUUAUAUCAUGGGACACACUUAGUGUUGUAAAAAAGUCGUUCCUGCAUUUGAGCAGGAAAGGAAACCGCUGCCAAAACAGGCACAUAGCCUACUUUUAAGACCCCCUCUCCUUACCUCGCUGAGUUCAGAAGAAAACGUGUGCGCGUCCCCGCGCUACUCAGCGCGCGCUCGAAGACACUAAAAUACCGGAGUGCGCUCCUCCAGAAACACUGAGACUGCUGCAGAGUUGCUUGGAUGAUGUAGCCUACUCCAUUAUAUAUCACAAAUAAACCAGACUAUCUGCCACUAAUCGAAGCUUUGAUUACUUUUUUUCUUUUGAACAAUGAUAUCAAUGGAAACUCACAAGUGACCUUGGCAAACUCAGGACUCUUUGGAAGUUUGAAAACCUCAAUACGCGUUACAAAACGCCACAGAAAACUCGACAUGAAUGCUUGGCACGGGCUACUGAACCGGACGAUCUCUACAGCGAAGCAGCCUUUGGAAAGCGUCCGAGGAUGCUGCAACUUGUCGUUGAUCACCAGCGACGGGCUCGGUUCACCGGUUCAGGACGAGCGCGAGCAGUUCAUCAUGCGUUUGGUGCAGAUCGCGGUUCUCUGUGUGCUGUCACUGACUGUCAUUUUCGGCAUCUUUUUCCUCGGGUGCAAUCUGCUCAUCAAGUCCGAGAGUAUGAUCAAUCUGCUGGUGGAGGACAGAAGACCUUCUAAAGAUGCGGGAAUUAUGAUUGCUGCAUGAGUGGAGUAGCCUAGACCGUGCCACAAACCUGACUCAAACUGUCAAUUUCGCAUGAACGACACCUGUUGGGAUGAUUUUCAUGCAAAUGCUUAAGUAAAUGUUGUUUUUAUAUAAUUUGAAUUUAAUUUUGGACCAGAAACUAAUGUUGGAAACAACGGAGACCUUUUUUUAAAACCCAGAAAUGUGUUGCGUUAAACAUUUGACUACAUCGUCCAUCAAAACACAUACUUCAUAUAGGCACCUGAAACAAUAAGAGAAGAAAGAUAACAGGGGAGUACAUUUAUCCAGGAUGGAUCAUUUGAAAUUGAGAAUUAGUCAUUUGUUUUCUAUUUAUAUUAGCAUUGAUUCAUGUGAUUCGUUGAUUCAACUGAAAAAAAAUAUCGAGAAUUUCUGCAUGGCUUUAAGAAAGAUGAUUGUGUGUAGGCUACUUGCAUGCAAAAUGGAUUAAAAGUAGAUGCAGAACUCUAAAAAUAUUGUUUCAUUUCAAUUCCUAGAUGACAUUUAGACUUUUCAAAGUUUCAAAAUAUGACAGUCCAGUUAACUAACCAAUUAGAAUUGGUUAUUAUCUGUCCAUCACAUUAGAUGAUUAACCACCAGUCAUAAAGUUUCACACUCUUGACAAAUACAUAAUUCAUUGUAUUCUGACAUGUAUCACAAAAUUAAAAUAAAUACAAUAUAAGUAA